UCCAGGUCAUGUGACAGUCCUUCCCGUAGUUCCUGUCCCUCUCAACAGAAUCAGAUUUUUUUUUAUAGAUUUUAAAUGCACCCACUGAUAAUGUGGUCUGCUGUUGUUGCCUCUGGGGGUUUAAAUACUGACACUGUUUCGUGAACAAAAGAAGUACUUUAAGGCUUCCUGAAAACGUUCGUUUUCCAGCAGCUUAUCCAAUACAGGAUCACGGAGGUGGGGGCCGGGGUUGGAGCCUAUCAGACCGGACUGAUCAGCAGCACAAGGCUGGGGAAUGCAAUGGGUACGAAGCAAGCAUGUUUCUGAGCAAGAAACAAUCGCAAACAAUCGCGCACUUCGGGCAAUUUCAAGAUGUUUAUUCGUUGAGCUGCAAGUCUUACACUGCGAGAGCCAACCAAAGUUCCUGGAGAAAAACUGUACAACAUGGAGAGAACAUCCAAACCACACACACCGAGCCAGGGUGAAAAUGGUACUGUCCAGCUUUGAGAAGUGCAGCAAGAGUGUGACCCGACAUGUCAGUAACAAGACCAAAAAAUGCAGCGUUUAGUCUGAGGCAAAGAUUAUUCCAAUAUUACAGAAAUGUCUCCAUGCUUUACUAGACCUGCACACAUCAGUAGACUAACAGCUGAGUCCUUAUAUUGUGGAAUUCAAUUUCAGCCUUAUAUGAUUACAAUCUUAAUUUAGUUAGGAAGGUUUGGGAGGUGUCAGCUGACAUCAGGCUGACAUACAGCUGUCCUGGGUGGAGAAGAGGAGAAACGCAGCUGAGAAUAAAGAUUAUAUCCUAGCAGUUUGCUAAAUGCACUAAGAAUAGGAAUCAGAAACAAUUGUUGUAAAAGAACUGUCAUGCUAACCAAGCGAAAGAAGAGUUUUUAACCCCAGUCAGGCGCACAGUCGGCAGCUAUCAAGACGAAGGAAAACAGCUGCGAUCUGACUGAAUAGACUCAACUGGACCACAGAGCAAUCAGCACUACAUGCUACACUACCAAGGGGGAAAUGUCUCACCUGCCGAUUCUCCUGCUUCUCCUGGGUCAUAUCCCACCUGUGGACCCUCUCAGCUGUUACAUCUGCAUGUUUCCAACCAUCACACCAGCUGACUGCCUGUUCACCCAGGACUGUGCCAGAGGACAGCAGUGCCUGUCCAGCAUAGCCAUCGGCACACAAGGGGCCUUACGUGUGGUGCUGUAUGAGAAAGGCUGUGCCAUCACCUCGCAGUGCGGCCUGUCUGGCGAGAAGUACGCCUCAGGCCUCAACUUCACCUACACCAACGUGUGCUGUGAAGCAGAUCUGUGCAACGCCGACUCCGCCAGCAGCAGGCCACGCCCCCCAUUCCUCGCCGCCUUCAGCCCCCUUCUCACACUUGUCCUUGUGCUCCUUUAACAUACUUUAACAUACCAAUGGCACAUGCCAGUCUGAAAAGGCAAGGCGUGGGACACGACCUCCCCCAUUGAAGAAAAUACAUUGUUGACAUUAAUGGUUAACAAAAAAAAAACAACAAAAUACUAAAACAAAACUUGAUAAAAAAAAGCUUCCUUAUAAAAAUUAUAAAAAUCAACACACAUCAACCUAACAUCAACUAACU